CGGACACUAGUUCCUCCCCUUCCGACCCCCAGCACGGGGUGACUGAGCCAGGGUCUAGAUCCUCUGCUGUCUUUCUCUCCAGGCCCUAGGCAGUCCCCCGCGGUGUUGGUCCGCAGGUGCAGCGCUGCAGCGCCGCUGUCGGGAGAGCUCACCUGGCACAGCCCAGCAGCCAGCACAAAACUCUGGUCCCUGCAGGAUGAAGAACCCGAUGUUGGAGGUGGUGUCACUCCUCUUGGAGAAGCUGCUCCUCAUCUCCAACUUCAAGCUCUUUAGCGUGUGCACUCCCGGAGGAGGCUCAGAGAGAGAUCGUCCCUAUGCAAUCAGCUCUUUUCUCCGGGGCGAUGUGCUGGAAGUGUCACGGACCCAUUUUACCCACUAUGGGAUCUACCUCGGAGACAACCGUGUGGCCCAUCUAAUGCCGGACAUCCUGUUGGCCCUGACCAACGACAAGGGACGUAUUCAGAAGGUGGUCUCCAACAAGCGUCUUAUCCCAGGAGUCAUUUGCAAGAUGGCCAGCAUCCGUGUGGACACAGUAGAGGACUUUGCCUACGGAGCAGACAUCCUCGUCAAUCACCUAGACAAGACUCUCAAAAAGAAGUCAUUGCUUAAUGAGGAGGUGGCAUGCAGGGCUGAGCAGCAGUUGGGGAUCACCCCCUAUAGCCUACUGUGGAACAACUGCGAACACUUUGUGACCCACUGCAGAUAUGGCGCCCCGAUGAGUCCACAGGCUGAGAAGUUUUAUGAGACUGUGAAGAUAAUCAUUCGUGAUCAGAGGAGCUGUCUUGCUUCAGCUGUCUUGGGACUAGUAUCCAUUGUCUACAUGGGCCUGGCAUCAUAUAUGACCUUUCCUGCAAUCUGUAUCCCAUUCUGCUUGUGGAUGAUGUCUGACUAGUUUUCAAUCCCCAUGUGAAUGUGUAUGGAGUUUGUGUGGGACAAUGUUUAUAUCUAUAGAACACAAAACAUUAGAAGCUUGUUGAGAAAAUGGCAUUCAACACUGUGUUCUAGACAAACAAAAGUGAUCAAGAAUCAUACACAGUGCUUACCAUGUAAGCAGAACAGAGCCUUUCUGUGUCCUCAGGCAGUUCUACUGCAGAGCACCAUAAGCCCUGGGAAGCACAGCAGCCCGUCAGGACUCAGCAGCCCCAGAAAAACAGCCCCAUUAGGUGACAUUCACAGGAAAAGACUUGGGUUAUUCUUUUCCUCAUGUAAUCAUUAUGCUGUUAGACUUAUCAACUGAGAUCACUAACUUUAUUGUAACUGUAUUUUGCUUAUUUAGAUGAAAAUGUUUGAUAAUCAGGCAAAAAGAAACCAAGUCUCACAUUCUGUUUUGCCUUUCUUCAAGUAAUAACAUAAUUUCAAGUCAGUUGAGAAUAUUAUUUUCAUGUUCCGAGAUCACUGAACUUACUGAAAGUAACUGGCUAAAAAGCACAGAAAUGUUUUCUCCUGCAGAAAUAGUGACAGACAGUAGCUAUUUAUAUUCACUUUUAAAUAGUCUGAUACUGUGUUUUUCUUUUUUUCUUUUCAUAUGCCUGUAUGACUACUUUAAAAAGGUAAAUGGAUAUAGGAUUGAAGUAAUUCCAGUAUUUGUUGUACAUACACCAAUAUUGUACAUACUAAAUAAAUACACAAAUAUCUGCACACACAUAGAUUGAUAGGUAUUUCCAGUUACUUUAUUAUACUAGUGUGAUUAUUAAUGAGAAUCUACAAAGGUGAACAUAAAAUCAAAUUCAGUGUUUUUUCCUCUGCCCUUAAAUCAGUAUAUAUGUCACUGGUUAGCUUUUUUUAAAGCUAAAUUUACUAAUGUUCUGUUUCAAAAACUUGAUUUGUUUUACUGUCAGUGUAAGUGUAAGUACUGUAAGUGUAGUUUAUGAGCUUAUUAGAGGUGUAUCACAGCAGUAUAUAUAGCCUAAAUAGGUAGAGUCAAAGGAAAUUAAUCUGACAAAAUUAACAGUGCCAAGCAAGGAAGGUGAUUUCACUGAAUCCACUGGAUCAGAGCAGUGUUAAAAACAUGCCUUCGAGACUUUGGUAAAUUCACUAAAAAUGACACCACAGGUUGGAGUUGCAUUUCAGGUUCUGGAACUGUUUUAUCAGAGGCGGUAGAUGUCUAAAUACCUGCAGGCAGAAGGCGAGCUCCAGGCCUGUGUGGGCUGGAGGUCAACACUUGUCUGUUAAAAGUCAAGAGUUACAAAACAGGCACUGAAGAGACGACUCAGCACUUAAGAGCUAUUGUUGCUCUUGCAGAGGACCAGGGUUCAGUUGCCAGCAGCCCCUGGUAGCUCACAAUCUGUAACUCCAAUCCCUGAAGAUACUACACCCUCUUCUUGCCUCCAUGAGCAUAGCACACAUAUGGUAAGCACACACAUAGGCAAAGCGUCCACACACAUAAAUUAAA